UCACGAAAAUUCGUUUGUCUUCCAUACUUUGGACAUAGUGGUGGUGUCUUCUCGUGUUUACCCCGCUUACGGUUUUUUGUUUUCACCGUUGCUAGGGAGCUCCUUUCGUUGUUCCUAGGUAUAGAAAACUGGUUGAUCACUGUCGCUUAAAUGGUUGACGACUCAAGGAAGUCGUUUAUACUAACAACGACAGCAAAUUAUUUUGGGCUUGAUGUCAACAGUUCUGUAUUUUCGUCUGUUUUGGCAUCUACACACCUCAACUCAUUUUUGGACGAUGGCAAUGAAGCUGUAUUAGCCGCUCGUUGUGAUCGACUGGGUAGAAGUGAUGCACAAGUCCGCCUUACUUCAGCUGUGGAGACUGGUGAUACCAGAGACAAGGUCCUCGUUUUCUUCAAGUUGACGCCUUCUGUCAUUACUCCUGACAAUCUUCACCAAAACGUGUUCGUUUCAUCGAUGUUGAACUCCCCUGUGACUGCACUUUACCAUUCUGUGCAGAAAGUAUUUGCUCCUCUUCUUUUGCAGAAUGACAAAUAUAGUCAGGAUUUUGAUCCUAAACUACAAAGUCUACUAAGUGAACUACAGGCAGGACUUGGUAGUGUGAUGAGGCAUCAAGAAUUCAGAAACUCUGAUGAGACUUCUUUUGGUGGGAUUCUUACUCCUCUGGAUGAAAUUCAGUUUUGGAGUGAAGCAGCAAUGUCAGGCUCGAAACUUGAUGCUCGAGAGCGAGCUGGUCAUUUUCAGGAAUUAUUGCAGCCAAUUUCUAGAGGAUUUGCUGAUAUUACUUCAUUGUCUUUAAGUGAUGUUGUAGAUCUUGUUGAGAUGACUCAAGACACACUUGAUGAUGUGUGGAAGCAAUUAGAACAUAACCCACCAUAUGAAGAGCAUCGAAUGAGGCACUUUUUGGACGUGAUUGGUAGUGCUUUUGUAUUCUAUUUGCAGAAAAAACUGGGAGAGCUUGACUUAUGGAAUGGGCAAUAUCAGCAGGUGAAAGAUGGCUUGCAAGUAGGGCAAAGUAUAUGUGAGAAGUGGAGUGCUGCUACUGAGCAACUUAGCACUCAAUGGUGGAAAAGGUUUUCAGCACAUCCUUGGAAAGGUGAGAAACAUGUUGCUGAAAAUGUAAUUCAGGUUGGAAAGAGGUUGGAAGAAAUUGCCACAAUUCGAACGGUUCACGAGCAUCUGCUUCGUCUUCUAAGUGUUCAUGAACAGCAAGAAUUUCAGACAGCUCUUGCCUUCACUCCUUUUUCUGGACUAAAUGCUCUUCAAUAUAAUCCUUACACUCAGCCUUUGUGGAUGUCUGCCGUGAAACGGUAUGAGAAAAGCAUGGCACCUGCUGAAAGUCGAAUAGCUGGCAUGCUAAGACAGAAGUUUAGAGACAUACGAGCUUCAUCACAUCAAUUGUUACGAGAAUUUCAACGUUACAAGGAAUUGAUCAAGCGAUCUAAAAUUAGAACUGAGCUGUCAUCAGAGAGGGAAACAUUGCUUGGACAGCUAUCUGCGCACAUUAAAUCAAUUCAGGAUGAUUUUGUUUCUCGAACUGGAAGUUCAACAAAUCGAAGCAGGUCUGGUGACUCUCAAAGUCCAUUAACAAGCAAGAACCUUCCAGAAGUUGUCAACAAAAUUGUUUGGGCUCGUCAACUUGAAGCUAAGGUGAGCGAUACUUUGAGAACAGCUGAAGAGCUGCUGGUGGACCUACCAGGCUUCAAGUCAUUUCGACAUGACACUCUUGAGUUACAUGAUGAGUUGGACGCUUAUGAAAGAGAUCAAUUUGACAAUUGGUGCCAUGCAACACUAGCCGCAAUAGACAGCAAACGAGAACCUCUCGGCUUGCAGACAACAGGUCAGCUAAUGGAGCUGAGUCACAAGGAUGGUAAACUUGGAGUUUUUUACAGUGAAAGAUUAGUUACACUGCUACGGGAAGUUCGUCAGCUUGCUGCUCUUGGAUUUACAAUACCAGCCAAAAUCCAGCACACUGCUAACACUGCUAGCAAAUAUCAGAAGCAUGGUAUCAUUCUAAAGCAGGUGGCUCAUUUUUACAAUACAAUUGACCAACAGAUGAUACUAAGUCAGCAACCAAUGAUGUUAGAGUCAGCAAAAGCAUUUGAAGCAGUCAUUCGAAAUCCUAAAGAAGGAGCCAAGACUAAUGGAAACUCUGUUUCGAUUACAUGGGAUGAUCCGCAGGAGCUAGAGCGAUAUGUGUCUCACUUGCAGGCAGUGGCAGAUAAACUGAUGACUGAGAACAGGCGACUAAGGAAGUGCCAUAAUGUCAUUUGUGACAAGGUUGUACGUUUGAUGGGCAUUGAUUUACUCUGUCAAAGGAGCCGAUGGAAAGACAUGUUACUAGAAAUGAAGCAAAUAAUUGCCUCACUACUUCAGCAGGGCUUUGAUCCUAAGGGAAUGAAGGCGUGGAGGGUUCACUGGGACAGACAACUGUACAAAGCACUUGAACAUCAGUAUCAAAUGGGAUUGGAAGCUUUGAAUGAAAAUCUGCCUGAAAUCAAAAUUGACUUGGUCUUCCAGCAGCAGAAGUUACAAUUUCGUCCACCAUUAGAAGAGAUUAAAGCUAAAUAUUACCGCGAAAUGAAGAAGUUUAUGUGCAUUCCUUUUCACUUUAAUGGUGUCUCGGAUCGACCUGUCGCUGGCCAAAAAGAUUCUUCUGCUGGAUCAGUUUUUGCUUCUAUGGUUGAUCACAAUGCAAUUGCAUUUACUACUGUUUAUUCAAAGGCAGAGAUGUUGUUUCAACAACUUGAUAAAGUGACUGAACAGUUUCAUGAUUGGGUUGUGCUUGGUCAAGUCGAUCUGGAAUCAUUAGUGGAAGAACACUUAGAUUCUGUUCAGGAUUGGGAGAGUAAUUUUCGAGCACUUAAAUCGAAAGGCAGAGAAGCAGAGAAACUUCCAAGUGUGGUUAAAGUUGACUGUAUUACCGUCUCAACAAUGCCUGUAAAGUCUGCUAUUGAUGAUCACAUUCAACGUUUGUUUGAAACUCUUCUCUUAUUUCUUCGACGUUCUAUUAAUACCAAUCUGCAAGCAAUUGAGAAAUUUUUGUCCUCUGCUAUUGAUGACUUAUCAUCACGACCGCAGACUGUUGAUGAAAUUGGGAAGGCUAAUCGAACCCACUCGGAACUCAUGGCACAGAAACCACAAAUUCAACCACUGUUUGAUAAGGCAGAAGGAAAGAAUAAGUUGCUUCGCUCUGUUGCUGGUGGAGGCUCAGAACUGCUUUCUCAGCUUCAUGCUCGCUGGGAUAAAUUUGAGUUGAUGCUGGAAUCUCACACACUAAUGGUCAAUGAGCAAAUGGAGACAAUGAAAUCUGGAGUGGAAUCCAAGCUUUCUGCAUUUUUGCAAGAUGUUGAAAAGUUUACAGCUCGCUGGCACCAGCUGAAGCCUCAAGAUGUUGACUUGGACAUAGAUGACAAUGCUUUAGUGCAGUCAGUUUCUUCUCUAAAGGAGAGACAAGCAGAGUUUGAUGAGCUGAGUGCAACAAUGGAGAGCAUAAAAACAGAGUGUCAACACUUUGGAUUAACUGAACCUGAUUUUACUGCUGUUAGAGAAGUUCAUGAUGAUCUCAUGAAGCAUCAGGAAAUGUGGAAACUGUUUGAAGACUUCAAGCUUGGUUUAACUGAAAUGGCAAAAGAAGACUGGAUUUCUUUUAGGAGCAAGGCAUAUACUUUUGAUGAAUUUUUGUCGGGUUGGUUUGAGAAACUUCGAUCUAGCGGGGAACCAACUUCUAUGACAGUUCGUCUUACGCGAGAUGUAGAGAAGUUACAAGCACUUGUUCCACUGUUAAAGUAUGUCAGGGGUGAUGUGUUGUCUCCCGAGCAUUGGCUGGAGUUGUUCCGUCUUGUUGGGCUACCAAGAGGAACUACUUUAGAUAAGCUAACGUUUGGUGACAUUCUGUCAGUUGCUGAAAUGAUUACUGCCAAAGGCAGUGAACUGAAGGAACUGAACAGUCGAGCUCAAGGAGAAGUUUCAAUUCGAGAUGCCUUGAGAGAGUUAGACCUUUGGGGGGCUAGUGCUGUUUUUUCAUUGACAUCAUACUUAGACACAAAUGGCAAGGAACUGAUGCUCGUUAAAGACUGGCGAGAUCUGUUUAAUCAAGUUGGUGACAAUCAAUGUUUACUGCAGUCACUGAAAGACUCUCCUUACUAUAAAGGAUUUGCGGAUAAGGCUUCUCUUUGGGAGACCAAACUGGCUGAUCUUGAUGAUUGCUUGCACAAUCUGAAUCAAAUCCAACGUAAAUGGGUUUAUUUAGAGCCAAUAUUUGGUCAUGGUGCACUGCCUCGAGAACAAGGACGUUUUCGACGUGUUGAUGAUGAUUUUCGAUCUGUAAUGAUUGAUGUUUCAAAAGACAAUCGGCUAUUGUCCUUGAUUGGCAGAUCAGGACUAAGGAGUUUGCUUAAUCAGUUGUUAGAUCAGUUGCAACGCUGCCAGAAGUCUCUUAAUGAGUUUUUAGAAGAAAAACGGUCCGCUUUUCCUCGUUUCUAUUUUAUUGGUGAUGAUGAUUUGCUUGAGAUUCUUGGUCAAGCAACAAACCCAACUGUCAUCCAGUCACAUUUGAAGAAACUGUUUGCAGGAAUUCAUUCUGUCAUAUUUAACGAAGGCUGCACUCAGAUUGUUGCUAUGAAGAGCUUAGCUGGAGAAGCUGUUACACUCAAACAGCCCGUUCAAGUGAUGGCUGAUGUUGAAGUGUGGUUGAGUAAUCUUGCUGAUGAAAUGAAGGACACACUGAAACAUCUUUUAUUUGAGUGUCUAAAUGCUGGUAGAGGAGGUCAGUCAGUGGAUCCCAGAAAGUUUCCAUCACAAAUUCUUUGCUUGGCAGAGCAAAUUCAGUUUACAGAGGGUUGUGAGGCUGCUAUUCAACAUGGUAGUUUAACUGAGUUUCAAAUUGAACUGGAAGGUCAGUUGCAGGGAUAUACAAGUGCUGAUUUUCGAAGUGGCCAAGACAGCUCAGACGUGCUGGUGUUGGAAUUAAAACUAAAAUCUCUUAUCUUGGACACUGUUCAUAAUGUGGACAUUGUGCAUCAACUGCUUAAAGGUGAACUGAGAAAUGUUGGAGAUUGGCUAUGGCAGAAGCAAUUAAGAUUUUACUCUGAUAAAUCUAAAGCAGAACAGAGUAACAUUCAAAUGUGUGAUGCUGGAUUUCAAUACACAUUUGAGUACCAAGGCAAUGCACCGAAGUUGGUCCACACACCGCUAACAGAUAAAUGCUAUCUGACCUUGACGCAGGCUAUGAAAUUGGGAUUGGGGGGAAAUCCUUAUGGGCCUGCAGGAACUGGUAAGACAGAAUCUGUCAAAGCUCUUGGAGGGUUGUUUGGUCGGCAAGUCUUGGUUUUCAACUGUGAUGAGGGAAUAGAUGUAAAAUCAAUGGGACGAAUUUUUAUUGGGUUGGUGAAGUGUGGAGCAUGGGGAUGUUUUGAUGAAUUUAAUCGCCUAGAAGAGUCUGUUUUGUCUGCUGUAUCAAUGCAAAUCCAGACUAUUCAAGCAGCCCUGAGGAGCAAAGCAUCACACACAGAGCUGUUAGACAGACAGGUUGAUGUGAACCCACAUUCUGGAAUUUUCAUCACAAUGAACCCUGCUGGGAAGGGUUAUGGUGGACGUCAAAAGUUGCCUGACAACUUGAAGCAGUUGUUUCGUCCUGUAGCUAUGACUAAGCCAGACAACGAACUCAUUGCUGAAGUAAUACUUUUCUCUGAGGGCUUUCGAGAUGCCAAACAACUUGGUCGGAAGCUUGUCUCUAUUUUCACUAUAGCAGAGGAGCUGUUGUCUCCACAGCAGCACUAUGAUUGGGGGUUGCGCGCUCUCAAGACUGUACUGAAAGGUGGAGGAGCAUUGUUGCAGCCUUUCUUGACCAAGGAUGAAAGAUCUGAGUCAUGUCUCAUUGUACAAGCACUCAGAUUGAACACAUUGUCUAAGCUGACAUUCCAUGAUGCACAGCUGUUUGAUGCUCUAGUGAAGGACGUGUUUCCUGAUGUCACCUUUAGAGAUGUUGUAUAUGAGAGACUAGAGUCCGCUCUCAAAGAGUCGUGCACAGAAAGCAACCUCUCAGUCAUUAAUGCACAGAUAAGGAAAGCUCUUGAGUUAUAUGAACAGUUGCAGCAACGGACGGGUGUAGUUGUUGUUGGACCAUCGGGCUCAGGAAAAAGCACUCUAUGGAGACUUCUUUACUCAGCUUUGAGCAAGAUUGGCCAAGCAGUAAAGCUGUAUACUGUAAAUCCGAAGGCAAUACCAAGGACACAGUUGCUGGGUCACAUUGACAUGGAUACUCGUGAAUGGUCAGAUGGUAUAUUGACAUUCAGUGCUCGGCAAGUUGUGAAAGAACCUGUGGAUGUUCAUUCAUGGAUAAUCUGUGAUGGAGAUAUUGACCCAGAGUGGAUUGAGUCUCUGAAUUCUGUUUUGGAUGAUAACAGGUUGUUGACUAUGCCAUCUGGUGAGCGAAUCCAGUUUGGACCUAAUGUGAACUUUUUAUUUGAAACUCAUGAUCUGAGCUGUGCUUCACCAGCCACCAUCUCUCGAAUGGGAAUGAUUUUUCUAAGUAAUGAAGACACAGAUGUGAAGGCACUUGUAUCAACAUGGGUGAAGAAUCAACCUGAGGAAGACCGUCAAAGGCUUGAAGGAUGGUUGGAGGACUUUUUCUACAAGGGACUAGACUGGGUGCUGAAGCAGAAUAGCUCAGUGGUUGAUACAACAUUGAUAGGCAUGGCACUGAAUGGCCUGUCACAUCUUAAGGGAGUCAAGUCACGAGCUGAGUUUGCUUGUGCUUUAAUGAGAGGCUUGGGUGGGAAUCUCAAGUCUAGCAGUUACCCUCGAUUGGCAAAAGAGAUAUUUCAUUGGACACAUGAAAUUGCUCCAGAUCAGCGUCAUCCUCAUGAUACUUAUUACAACGAGCAGACUGGCCAGCUUUGCUCAUAUCAGUCAAAAGUACCAGAUGACUUGACCAUCUCUGACUUGUGUGGCAGCACUUUGCCUGUCAUUCUUACACCAGAUGUACAAAGGGAUCUUGAUCGCUUUCAAGCUUGGCUCAGACCUGACAAUAAGCAACCCUUUAUAGUAGUUGGCCCAGAAGGCUGUGGCAAAAACUUGCUUCUUCGUCACUGUUUUGGUGAGCUGCGUUCAGCUCAAGUGGCUGUGAUUCAUUGUACAGCACAGACAUCAUCAGUUCAGCUAUUGCAAAAACUUAGUCAGCUGUGUAUGGUCAUCAGUACAAACACUGGCCGUGUCUAUCGACCAAAGGAUUGCGAGAGACUGAUUCUGUACCUGAAAGAUGUCAACCUUCCAAGACCUGACAAAUGGGGAACAAGUCAACUGAUUGCUUUCUUGCAGCAGGUUCUGACAUAUCAUGGCUUCUAUGAUGACAAUUUGGAGUUUGUUGGAUUAGAAGGUGUACAGAUAGUAGCAUCAAUGAAUGGUGGAUCUGCUAUGGGACGUCACUUGUUGACGACACGAUUUACAUCAAUUGUUCGUAUUUGCUCAGUGAGCUAUCCUGACAGUGAUCAAUUACAAACAAUCUAUGGUGCCUAUCUGAAACCUGUCUUACAUCAUUGCCUUCGUUCUCAUGUUGUAUGGGGUCAUUCAGCCAAAGUUCACACGCUAGCAGUGUCAAUGGUUAAUGUGUACAAUCAGCUGAGGACUAAAUUGUCAAUUGACGAUCACUCUCAUUACCUCUUCAGUCCUCGAAGUUUAACUGAGUGGACACUCAGUUUAUUGAGAUAUGAUUUGAGCUCUUGUGCUGGAGACAGUGGCCCUGACAGUCUUCUUGAAAUGUGGGCAUAUGAAGCUCGCCGACUUUAUCGUGAUUUGCUUGUUGACAGAGAUGCUGAAAAGUUUGAUGGUAUCAUGACAUCAGUGCUGAGCUAUGAUUGGUCACUUCAUGGCCUGGAUAUUUCGAAUACUUUCUAUGUGACUUGGGGAGCCACUGGAAGUGGACAGUCUGCUCCACAGUCUACAUAUGGAAAGCAUCUAGGGCGAUUAAACUCUGAAGACUUUAAAGCAGUUGUUUCAAAGAGCCUAGUUAUGUAUGCUCGUGAAAACCGAGAAAUGAAUAUUCUUAUUUUUAAAGAAGUACUGGAGUACAUUGCUUGUGUUGAUCGUGUCUUGACCCGUCCUGGUGGUUCACUUUUGAUGGCUGGUUGCAGCGGAGUUGGAAGACGAACUGCAAUCACUCUGGUAGCCCACAUGCACCAAAUAGAACUGUUUUCGCCAAGGCUAUCAAGAGGUUAUGGAAUCAAGCAAUUUAAGAAUGACUUAAAAAUAGUGAUGCAAAGGGCAGGAGUGGAGGGAGAGCAAGUAGUUCUUUUACUUGAAGACCACCAGUUUGUGGAUCUUUCGUUUUUGGAGCUUGUUAACAGCCUUCUCAGCUCAGGAGAAGUUCCUGGUUUGUAUACUUCGGAAGAACUUGAACCUUUGCUCAGCUCUUUGAAAGAUAUAGCAUCUCAGGACAAUUUUCGAGGCUCACUUAUGUUGUUCUUUGCAUUACGUGUAAGAGCUAAUCUCCAUAUUGUUCUUAUCAUGGACUCUUCAGCACCCAACUUUACUAAAUAUUGUGAGUCAAACCCUGCCUUUUACAGCCAGUGUUCAUUCCUUUCAAUGGAAGCUUGGAGUCGUGAGAGUAUGAUCAACAUUCCUAGUAUGCUGUUGGGUACUGCACAAAAGAAGCUUGAUUUGUCCAAUCUGUCGAAGGUGUCAAAUUUCUUUCUACAAGUUCAUGAUUCAUGUCUAUUGGCUGGAGCUACUCCUAGGCACUACAUGUCAUUCUUAGAAACCUACAGACAGGUUUACACUAGCAGACAUUUAGGAGUUCGACAACACCAGAAUCACUUGCAGGCUGGGGUUACUAAAUUGAAUGAGGCAAAGGAAAUGGUAGACAAGUUGAAGCAAAAAGCAGCACACCAAAGUCAGCUAUUGGCAGAGAAACAAGAAGAAGCAGACUUGGCAUUGAAAGAAAUCACGGCGAGCAUGCAGAGUGCCAGCGAGCAAAGAAAUGAGAUGGAAAUGCUCAAACAGAAGCUUUCUGAAGAAUCCCUUAAACUAGAACAGCGGAACAAGGCCAUUGACAUUGAGCUGUCAGAAAUUGAACCAGUUGUUAGUGCAGCUCGUCAAGCAGUUGGUAACAUCAAGUCAGAGUCUCUAUCCGAGAUUAGGUCAAUGAGAGCUCCACCAGAUGUUAUUAGAGACAUUUUGGAAGGUGUGCUACGAUUGAUGCCAAUAUAUGACACAUCAUGGAACAGUAUGAAGAGUUUCUUGGCGAAGAGAGGAGUGAAGGAAGAAAUAAUAAACUUUGAUGCUCGAAAAAUUACACCCGAGGUACGAAACAGCGUUAAUGAGCUGUUGGAGAGAAACAAGAAAUCAUUCGAAGAAAAAAUUGCCAAGCGUGCUAGCAUUGCUGCUGCUCCUUUAGCAUCAUGGGUGAAGGCAAAUGUAAAGUUUUCUGAAGUACUAGAGAAGAUUGAACCUCUGGAGACAGAACAAGCUGAGUUACAGAGGGGCAUGCGUCGUUCUCAAGCAAAAUUGGAUAAGCUUCAAGCUGCAUUGGAUAUGGUUGAUAAAAAGGUUGCAGAUUUUAGAGACAGAUUUGAAAAGAGAACCACUGAGGCUGCUAAGUUGAAGCUUGAACUGGAGAAGGAGCAAGAGACAAUUGCCUCAGCUGAGAGGUUGUUUGGAAAAUUGGAGGGAGAGCAUCGGCGUUGGUCCAAUCAGGUUGUAGAAUUAACCGCAGAGUUGGAUCAGCUUCCUUUACAAGCUCUUUUGGCAUCAGCUUUCAUCACAUAUCUCAGUCAUGCACCGGAAGAUGAACGAAGAAUCAGGGUAGAGCAAUGGAAGGAGGUUACAGAAGUGAAGGAGUUUAACUUGAAGCAGUUCUUGAGCACAGAAAGUGAACUUUUGGCAUGGAAGACUGAAGGGUUGCCAUUUGAUGACUUGUCUUUGGAAAAUGCAUUAGUUAUUUUGCAGAGUGCUCGUUGUCCUUUGUUGAUUGAUCCUUCCCAACGUGCAACAGAGUGGCUUAAGCUUCACCUGCAGCAGUCUCGACUGGAAGUAGUUAAUCAACAAGACUCAAACUUUACUACUGCUUUGGAGCUGGCUGUACGAUUUGGUAAAACUCUAGUCAUUCAAGAAGUUGAUACUAUUGAGCCUAUUUUGUACCCACUUUUAAGGAGUGACCUCAUAAGUCAAGGGCCACGUUUUGCGGUAUAUGUUGGAGACAAGCUUGUAGAUUAUAGCGAGGACUUUAAGCUGUUCAUGACAACACGGAACCCCAACCUUGAUGUGUCACCAGAUGCACUGGCCAUUGUCACAGCAGUCAAUUUUACAACUACAAGAGCUGGCCUCAUUAGUCAACUAUUGGCGGCUACUAUCCAGCAUGAGAAACCUGAUCUAGAAGUUCGUAAAACAGAGCUAUUGAAAACUGAAGAACAGCUAAAGAUGCAACUUUCAUCUUUGGAGGAAUCACUUUUGGAGGAAUUGGCAUCUGCCGAGGGCAACAUUUUGGACAACACGUCUCUUUUAGAAUCUUUAAAUCAAACAAAGGCUAAAAGUGCCACAAUAUCAGAAUCUUUGAAUGAGUCAAUGAAAUUGCAAGAAUCUUUGGAUCAAGAACGAGAUGCUUAUCUUCCUGUAGCAGAGAAUGGAAGUAGAAUGUUUUUUGUGAUCAGUGACUUGGUUAAACUAAACCCAAUGUACCGCUUCAGUCUUACAUCCUUCUUGCGCCUCUUUCAGCGUGCUCUUGAGCUAAAACAGGAGGCUGGAACUGCUGAACUUCGUAUUCAGAUGCUUGGCAGUGCCUUGCAAACUUUAGUUUACGAGUAUGUGUGUCGUUCCUUGUUCAAGGCGGAUCGAUUGGGCUUUGUCCUACACUUUAUUCGUGGUAUGCGUCCAGAGUUGUUUGAAAAUCAGGAGUGGGAAUUGUUUACUGGCCAGAUUGUGGUUGCCAUGUUUAGACGACAGGAAUCUCUUAAAAACAUGAAGGACUCUCUUCCAUCGUGGAUUGCUUCUGAACAGGCUUCAGCUGUGAAUAACUUAAAGCGAAUGUUUCAAAACCUUCACCAGUCGCUUUGUCUUGAUGAUUCAGACCUUUGGUUGAGGUUUGCUCGAAGCUCUCAGUGUGAACGAGACAUUCCAUCACAACUGCUUCAGAAACUAUCCUGGUUUCAACAGGUUAUUGCUGUUCAGGCUUUGCGUCCAGAUAGACUUCAGAGUGCUAUGGAAUUGUUUGCUUCAAGGUGUCUCAGUGUCAAAGAACUAAGUCCAGAAAUUUUAAACUUGAGGCGGCUGUAUGAGAUGGAGUCAUUACCUCAGGAGCCGAUUCUCGUCAUUAUUUCUGCUGGCUCAGAUCCAUCACAGGAACUUCAAGAACUGGCUGAAGAAGUUGUAGGUUUGGACAGAUAUCAUCAAGUGGCCAUGGGGCAGGGUCAGUCAACUUUGGCCGUUCAACUGCUUCGAGACUGUUCACGAGAUGGUCACUGGCUCUGUUUAAAGAAUCUUCAUCUUGUUACAGCUUGGCUGCCUGUGCUUGAGAAGGAACUUAAUACUUUAGAGCCUAAUGAGAAUUUUCGAUUGUGGAUGACAGCAGAGGUUCAUGUCAAGUUUCCUACAAUGCUUUUACAGUCUAGUUUGAAGGUUACGUAUGAGGCUCCACCUGGUAUACGGCGAAACCUGGCUCGUACUUAUGACUCUUGGUCAGAAGAGUUCAUAUCCAAGUCGGGGUCAAUAACUCGUGCUCAAGCUCUAUUUGUCUUGGCUUGGUUUCAUGCUAUUGUUCAAGAGAGGCGCUGUUAUAUUCCUCAGGGAUGGACCAAAUUUUAUGAAUUUUCUUUUGCUGACUUACGAGUGGCAGCUGACGUCAUAGAUCGCAUGUGUACCAGACUAGAUUCACACUCUUUGCAAUGGGAGUUCAUUCAUGGAUUAUUUGAAAAUGCAAUUUAUGGAGGAAGAAUUGACAAUUCUUUUGAUCUUCAAGUUUUGCGAUCUUACUUGAUCCAGUUCUUCAGUAGUGAUGUUAUAGACUCUCGGGUACGGUCUCGCCCGGUAAAACUGGGCUCAAGUAUUUCUCUUCCCACUUCUUAUCACUACAAGGACUACGUAGCUCUCAUUGAAUCUCUUCCUGAUACUGAUACGCCCUCUUUCUUUGGUCUUCCGGCAAAUAUUGAACGUUCAGCUCAACGUGUCGCCAGUUCUCGAGUUAUUCAACAGUUGAAAGUUUUGAUGCGAGCUGACGUUACUGGUGACAAAUUUGACCGGGAAACUUGGGUUAAGCAACUAGGACCGAUUCUUGACAUGUGGAAGAAGUUAAACAAGGGCACAGAGCCAGUGAGGAAGAAAUAUGGACAAACCUCUGACCAGGAAUUUCCUGUAACCGUGUUUUUAAAGCAAGAGCACUCGUCGGCAUUGAAGUUAGUGCAGGCUGUUCGAUCCUCGUUAGAUGCAUUAGACAACGUAAUACAUGGGUCUGCUCUGCUCACAACAGAGGUUCAAAAUCUAGCUCGCGAUUUACUGCAACAUCAGGUACCGCUUGUAUGGUCCAGUCUGUGGGAAGGUCCUCGAGAUCCAGUACAGUACCUUCGGUCACUGGUUGCAAAAACCUUGGCUCUGAGCUCGUGGGUCGAAAAAGCUCUUAGCGACACGUUACUCACAGGAGGAGCGAUUGAUUUGUCCGAGUUGUUCCAUCCCGAUACCUUUCUCAACGCUCUUCGACAGCAAGCAGCAAGAAGUCUGAAAUGCAGUAUGGAUGACCUGAAACCUAUUGCCAAGUGGAACAGCACUCAAAUAUCCGGAGCCCCUUGGAUAGCACAACUGGAGGGAUUGCAGUUGGAAGGAUGUAACUUUGACGGUAGCCGUCUGCUGGAAAACGAACUGAAGUCUCCUACAGUUUCAACUUUACCUAACUGCACAUUUGCCUGGGUGUCGCAGGAUACCCCCGAGCCGUAUACUUCCAGUGACUGCAUAUUGCUGCCCAUCUACUUCUCUUCAGAUCGGGAACGCAUCGUAACGAGGCUGAAGAUUCCGUGUGGAGGUAAUCAAGGAAAAUGGAUUCAGUGCGGUGCCGCCCUUUUUCUGAAGAGCUGAUGGUCCAGUAGAUAACAGGGGUACUCAUGAUAGUAUGUACGUGCACUUGAGUGUGAAUCGUCGAGUGCUGUGGGUUGCUUUCGUCAUGCCUCAUGUUAUGGAUAUGUAGUGUAUUGUCCUAUUGUAAUUAUGACGUAACGAUGUACACAAAUGCAAUUGGAUGGCGGCGGAUUCUCGUUGUUA